UUAAUUGCUUUUUUCUUGCAGGCGAAAGGGCCUGUGGUUCCGACUGAGGAAAAUACUUCUCUGUGUUUUGGGGUUGUAUAUUGCCAUUCCAUUUCUCAUCAAACUAUGUCCUGGGAUACAGGCCAAACUGAUUUUCUUGAAUUUUGUGAGGGUUCCCUAUUUCAUUGACUUGAAAAAACCACAGGAUCAAGGUUUGAAUCACACCUGUAAUUACUACCUCCAGCCAGAGGAAGAAGUGACCAUUGGAGUCUGGCACACUGUCCCUGCUCUCUGGUGGAAGACUGCCCAAGGGAAAGACCAGAUGUGGUAUGAGGAUGCCUUGGCUUCCAGUUACCCUAUCAUUCUGUACCUGCACGGUAAUGCAGGCACCAGAGGAGGUGACCACCGAGUGGAGCUUUACAAGGUACUGAGUUCACUUGGUUACCAUGUGGUCACCUUUGACUACAGAGGUUGGGGUGACUCAAUAGGCACACCAUCGGAACAGGGCAUGACCUAUGAUGCACUCCAUGUUUUUGACUGGAUCAAAGCAAGAAGUGGGGACAACCCUGUGUAUAUUUGGGGCCACUCCCUAGGCACUGGAGUGGCAACAAAUCUGGUACGGCGCCUCUGUGAGCGAGAGACGCCUCCAGAUGCCCUUAUACUGGAAUCUCCAUUCACUAAUAUCCGCGAAGAAGCUAAGAGCCAUCCGUUCUCAGUGAUAUAUCGCUACUUCCCUGGGUUUGACUGGUUCUUCCUCGAUCCCAUUACAAGCAGUGGAAUUAAAUUUGCAAAUGAUGAAAACAUGAAGCACAUCUCCUGCUCCCUGCUCAUCUUACACGCCGAGGACGACCCGGUCGUGCCCUUUCAGCUUGGCAGAAAGCUCUACAACAUCGCUGCGCCAUCUCGAAGCUUCCAAGAUUUCAAAGUUCAGUUUAUCCCCUUUCACUCAGACCUUGGCUACAGGCAUAAGUACAUCUACAAGAGCCCUGAGCUUCCUCGGAUACUGAGGGAAUUCCUGGGGAAGGCGGAACCUGGGCACCAGCACUGAGCUCAUUGCCUGCAGGAGCAUGAAGACCUCUGCCCGCCCCGAUCCUCUGACCAGCCCAGCACCCUGGGCCUUGGGUGCCAGCAUCAGCGAUGCACCUGGAGAGAAGACUUGGCUGCCAGCUCGCACAGGCGGAGGGGGCCCCACCAGGCCGGUGGCCAGGAGCAUAGAUCUUCGUGGAAAAUGCAAGUGGCAGGCAUAUGGCCCUCUCCCCCUCUUGCUGCCAUGCAACCUGAGCUCUUGUUGGCAAGACGGUGACAUAGCAAGCCACCUACCGGCAGGUCAAUCCCGCACUUCCUGAGCUGGGCAUGGAGAACAGGGAGGUGGUGAGAGGUCUUCGGACUACACUGAGCUUUCCAACACCACCCACGAGAACAUGGGGAGACUUGGGUUCUUCUGUUCCUUCCCAGCACAUGCAGAAUGGACUCUAAUGGUUCCAUCAGGCCCUCCUGCCCUGUGCACCCUGCUUGCCUUCCUUGGCAUCCCUACCUCCCUGGGCAGGCCCUGCUGCUCACAGUGGGGGAGGAGUCAGUGAUGUGCACUUCCUCCACUUUCCACGCACCUGUUCACCUAACCUGAUCUUGGACUGAACAUUUAAUAAAAUGCUGGUGGUGGUCUGUU